AUGCCUUACUCGAUGCCUAUAAAGAAAAAUAAAUCAUCAUUGAUACAGAAUCCUGAGGCCAAGAUCAAGGGUUACAGCACCACUGGUUAUUUUACUCUCAACGCUGCGGCAGAAUUGAACCGGAUAAAACCGCAGGGUGUGGACCUUGCGGCGGUUGCUGUGGAGGAUGCUGCGGCCCUUGCUGCCCAUGCAUCACUAUAUACACGUGCUGUACGAAGAUUUGUUAAAGCAGUAUGA